GCCAAGCUGAAGCUAGAAAAACACGCCAUCGGACCAGCCUUCACCAGCCUUAGCACCGCAAUGCAUGUACAAGUAGAAUGCAGGCUGGGCGCCGGAGAAUCAAGGUAGGGGAGCUGCAUUUUUAGAUCUCUCGUAUACUCCAUACAUGGUUAUGGGCAAGCUCUCCGGGACAUGGGCAGGUGUCGUAGAUCCAUAAAGCUGGGUCUGUUCCCCUUCAUCCCGUCAGGUCAGUCCUCCCACGGUCUUCAGUCGCUACUUCCCACAGCCUCUCAUUGCUAUAUUGUCUCAACAAGCACCGCCACACUCAUAGGCACAAUACUUCUACCCUAAUCAUACCCAGAGUCUCUCUUUCAGAACCAACCAACCCAGAAAAGAUGCGUUUCUCUAGCAUCAUCGCUCCCGUCAGCCUUCUGGGCCUGGCCUCUGCUCUCCCAUCCGUUGGCAAGCGUGGUGACAAAUGCAUUCCUUACAGCACUGCUCAAGAGCUUGUCAACGACUGGGUUGCAACCUUGACCACCCCUACCGACACUGCCAACAUGCAAAACCUCCUGGCUCCUUCAUUCACCGAUUACUCCGACUCGAUCAACUUCAUCGCCGGCAUCCCUCUGGGAUCGGUCACCUUCCCCUCUCCUCAAGCCUACAUCGCUGGCCAAGGUGCUCAACCACCCAUCGGCCUCACCAUCCUCAACCUCGACGCAGUGACAUGUGACGGUGUCAUCGCCGUCAGAUGGGUUGCCACGGUGGGAGCGCAAAUCGACGAAGCCAAGGGUAUCUCCAUCCUGCAUGCAGUCCAGUCCGGAUCUGAUUGCAAUGCUGUCGGCCCCAGCGGGUGGCAGCUGGGUCAAUUGUUCACCGAGUUCAACUCUGCCGCAUGGGUCAUCGAUAUUGGCGGCACUUGCGUUUCUCCUGCAGCUCAGGCUAAAAGCAAGCUCCGGGCAUGAAAGGAUUGAUCCAUAAUGAUCACGCCAUCUGCGAACGAAGGUUUGAGAAAAGUACCAUGCAUGCAUCACCAACUGCGAGAGGGUUUCGAAGUAUCACAUAAAGCUAUGCUACUAGUAAUGUAAUGGACGAAUUUCUUUCGAGUCAGCACAGCACCUGCAUUGUCAAAAACCAUGGAGAUGAUGGACAUACAGAGGACCAACAAAAGGGAUGUUUGUGCAAGUAGCAGCAUAACUAUGGCAGUAUAACUAGUCCAAGGCAGGAGGACCCAAAAAUAUCAACAAUACUUUUCUCAUUCCCA